UUUGUUUUUUAAAUCAAUUGAUCGUUCAUUCACCUUCACCGCUGAUGUUUUUGUGGUGUUAUUUUAUGUUAAAAUAAAUAAAAAUGAUAAUUGCUAUGUAACAGCAACUCUGACUGUUGUGUAGUAAAUUUGAUCAAGUGCAAUAUAAUAAAGGAACGUUGAUAAAUGCACGAAAAAUAUUCACGUCCCGGUGGGUUUGUUUCGCCUACCUGCAUUGGACGUAGAAUAUUUCGUGCUUAUUUGUCGGUGACUGGACAUAUGAUUUAUAAUUAAAUGGACAAGUAGAAAGUGCGCUGAUGCGUAGUACGUAUGUUAACAAGUGAAUAAGCGCUUAUACAAGAUUCGAACAAUAUUCGGGAAUCAUCAGAUUGGCCUCGCGGGUGACCGUGUGAAGUUCGGUAUCCGCCGAAUCAAGGAUCUGCCAGCAAAGCGGUCCGGAAUUGACAAGUUUACAUUAUUUCUGAUGACGUGAUUCUGUCAAGAGAUGACAACACUGGCAAAAUUGGCGCGAUCACUAGCGACCGGUUUGCCAUCCACAUCCAACACGGUCACCGCUGAAGCGGACCCGCCCGUCGUCGAAACGGAGGAGGAAACGGACACGAUGUCACAGAUCAUAUGCAAUCUACUGGAAAACAUGAAUAAACCGUCGGCUCUACAAGCGGGGUCCUCGUCUCACAGCUCUUCGACCGUGCCGUACGACAUCUGGGCCCUGCCCUCCAGCAGCUCCAUGCCGAACCCCCUGGGGCCAAUAAGUCGUGAGUACGGCCUAUCCAAUAAUAAUAAUCAGCAACAGACCAAAGAGGAGAACUCCAGCGGCUCUCCCGGGACAUCUUCCUCGGUAUCGAUCACAUGUUUUCGCUGCGAGGAGCGCACGCCCACCACUCGCUGCCUGGAGUGCAACGAUCUAUUCUGUCACGAAUGUUGUCACAAAGUCACAUCAGACUGCCAGCUGAGGGAACACACUUUGCUUCCUAUUCACCAAAUCUCGCCUAUCGGUGCCAGACCGAAUUCUGUCAAUAACGAAAAAGAGGUUAUAUACUGUGAACUGCACGGAGACCCGGUCAGGUUUUAUUGCGAGGCUUGUAUCAUAUUCAUCUGCCAGGAAUGCACGCUUUGGGUGCACAAAGAUCACUGCUUCACGCCCAUGAAGGGCGCGCUGGACAUGUGCCGCGUCGGCGUAUUCCGAGCUAUAGAAGAUACCAAAACCGGGACGAAGGCCAUUAAAACCGCCAUAGAUCGCGCCGUUGCGAUGUCGAAGGCGUAUGAAAAGGAAACCGCCGAGGCAAAUAUGAAAAUAAGAAAGGCCAUGCGUUGUUACGCGCAGGCAAUAGAGGACCGCGAGAAGUAUCUGUUAGACAAAGUCGAGAAAAUGCGCCAAGCUAAAAUGAACGAGCUCAGUGAUCACAUGAACACGCUGCGCGGUAUCCUGGCUGGGCUGGCGCACACAAACGAAACUCUAGUGAGGUGCAUGGACUCUGACGGAAUAGAAUUGUUCAUGGCCAAAGAGAAGGGACGAGCUCAAGUUGAUUACUUCUCGUGCAUGUUCAAGAACAUGUAUAUUACCGAAGAGAGGAUUAUGUUUAUACCACCGAACUAUGACCUAGUAGACCAAUUGAAGAGACAAUGUGAUGUACAAUCUGUGCCUGUGAACUCGAUGCAUUCCCUUAACUCGUCGUCGCUUGCCACUCGUCAAUCUCUUUUAUCGCUACAAUCAUUGCAGUCCGGACAAUCCUUAUCGCAUUUAAGCUACAUCGGAUCUAGUAGUUUACGUUCACUCUCCGAAUAUUCGACAAGGUCAACGAAUUACUACGACCACAGUAUCUCGUCGAGCAUGGCCCUGGAACCGAACGUGUCUCGUGGGAUCGGGCAAGCCAUCCCGGGCUACUGGAUGUCGGUAACUGUCAGACCGACGAGGAGUCCAGUGCCCGGUGUGCCGAUGUUCUCUUUCGGAAGGGAAGGCCAAGAUGAAGGCCAGGUCUCGCGGCCUUGGGGCCUCUGCGUCGACAAGGAAGGCAACAUUAUAGUGGCAGAUAGAAGAAAUAACAGAAUACAGAUAUUCAAUAGCCGUGGCGAAUUUAAGAUGAUGUUCGGAUCCAAGGGCACCGGCUCGGGUGAGUUCGAUCUGCCCGCCGGCAUCACCACCGACACGUACGGACGCAUCAUCGUUAUCGACAAAGAUAACCACAGAGUUCAGAUCUUCACGUCGUCUGGUAACUUCAUAUUAAAAUUCGGUUCGUUUGGGAAGGAAUGCGGGCAGUUCCAGUAUCCAUGGGACGUGGCCGUGAACAGUUUAGGUAAUAUAGUUGUGACGGACACGCGUAACCACCGCAUCCAACUGUUCACGAGUGACGGAACUUACAUCACGAAGUUCGUUUUCGAGGGCGCCAAUCCAGCGAAGAUGUUGAAGGGACCGACGACACCAAGAGGUGUUUGCUUCACGACUUCGGGGAACAUAAUCGUUUCGGACUUCGAGAAUCAUCGUUUGUUAAUGGUGGACCCGACCCUGACGAAGGUGCUGCACUGCGUCGGCCGCGAGGGCUCCGGCAUCGGCGAACUGAACCGUCCGUCCGGCAUAGUGACGGACGACGACGGACGCAUAGUGGUCGCCGAUUCGAAGAAUCACCGCGUGCUAGUGUUCACAUCUGAACUGAGGAUUUUGUGGGCCGUGGACCUGAAGAGUCCCGGUCUGGAUGACAAGGACCGGCCGAGCGACGUGGCGCUCACGCCGGAAGGCUACCUGGUGGUCUUGUUUGAGACGCUGCCGGACACCGCUCGGGACGUCUCAUCGCACGGCAAGCAAUACAUCAAAGUAUAUUAGUAAUAAUAAUAAUAAUAAUUUAUAAUAAGGUAGGGCGAACUGCGUUCUCGGACCUAAGGUCCACUAUGUAUUUUUUUUUUUUUUUUUUUUUUAUUUCGUUUUAAGUUGUGAUUUCUUUGACAAUGUGCCAAUUUUUAUUAUGAACUUUUGGAAAGAUUCAAAUCGAGCAUAGCUUGCGGAGAGCGGCGUUAGUACGCAACCGAAUCCCCCCCCCCCCUGAGUGAGUCCCAUUGAGUUUAUCGUUACCAAUAUGUAAUUCGAUUUUCGUUUCCGUCUAGACUAGUCCGCGUUAGCCAAACUUCGCAGUUUUAAUCCAAGCAUCGACAUUUAUAAACGCCACUAACUGAUAGCAGUCGAUAGCGUUAAUGUUUUAGUAUAAAUAUGGUGGUAGAUUUAUAGCAAUACUAUCUUUUCGUAACCGUACGUACAAGAUUACAAGAUGGCGCUAAGAGUUCGCGCGCCGUCCUGCUCUAACACAUGUAAUGGCGUUUAAUAAAAGUUUUAAUACUAUAAUGAAAUCACAAUGUGAUGUAAAAGAUGUUUUUUUUAAUGUGAGAUAAAUUUAAAAUGAUAACUUGAAAAGUAUUUUUCCAAAAUGUUACAUUAUUAUUAUUAUUAUUAUCUAUUAUUUUCGUGUUUUAUUAUUAUUAUUUCAUCGGUUGGUUUCGACAUACGUUGACGAGUAAUUUUUUAAAAAGUAAGUUAUUGAUCGCGUAAUGAGUUUUGUUAACCUUAGAUGUUUGCCCGACGGCGCUGUAUGGCCCUAUGACGUGGAAGGCUAGGUUCGAUCUUGUGUGUUUGCCUCGUGUCGCGCGCUAGGCGGCACGGGAAUAUCAUCGGAGUGUUUACUAAAUAAUGACGUCAUUCUUCGGCGCUUUUAGUGUUCUUUAUUUGACGCUCGCUUCAUUAUCCCAUUUUAAUCGUUCGUGAAUUAUGGCAAACGGUAAAUGAAUUGUGCGUGUGAGCAACAGAAUCAAUGCAAUAAAAAAAUUUAAAAAAAAAUGUUUAAAAAAAAUAUAAUAAUAAUGAUAUUUAAGACUGACUUCAGAAGACUGUCUUAAAGACGUUGGUUGUGCCUCCACCGGUUUCGGCGCGGCGGUUUAAGGCGUGGACUGUUCGUUUUUAAUUUCCUUUACCAAAUUUUUUUUUUUCAACUUUUAGUCGAAACGCGAGCGUUCGUCUACGUUCUAGGCGUUGGUAUGCCAUAUUUGUUUCUAAUCACUUUUUUUUUUUGUAAAUAAAAAAAUGAAAAACGAAAAAAAAAAAUACGACGUGAUAUUUUUUUACUUCCUUUUAAGAGUAUUUCCUUUUUUUUUUUUACUCGUGACCAGAGAGUCCUUUUUGAACUUAAUUAAUUCUAAAGAAUUAGAACUGAAUUAGUAAUGUAUUUUCGUUCGUAUUACGAUCACGCUGUUAUCUUGUGUUUGCAUAGCGCUUCAUAUGCACUAAGUUUGUUUAGUUUAGCGCUAUAUAUAAUAUAAUACAUAUUAUUACAUAUAUUUAUCGAGAGACGAAAGGUUGUUUGGCUUAAGCGACAUUUUCGAAAUUGUACAAGAGAGCGACUUGAAAGUCGUCGUGGCCCAAAGGAUAAGACGUCCGGUGCAUUCGUGUGUAGCGAUGCACCGGUGUUCGAAUCCCGCAGGCGGGUACCAAUUUUUCCAAUGAAAUACGUACUCAACAAAUGAUCACCAUCGAAUUCCACGGUGAAGGAAUAACAUCAUGUAAUAAAAAUGAAACCUGUAAAAUUAUAAUUUGCGUAAUUACUGGACCUCUUGUAAAUCCGCACGGGUAGGUACCACCACCCUGUCUUUUUCUGCCGUGAAGCGUGAAGCAGUAAUGCGUUUCGGUUUGAAGGGCGGGGCAGUCGUUGUAACUAUAAUGAGACCUUAAAACUCAUAUCUCAAGGUGGGUGGCGCAUUUACGUUCUAGAUAUCUAGGAGCUCCAGUAACCACUUAGCACCAGGUGGGCUGUGAGCUCUUCCACCCAUCUAAGCAUAAAAAAAAUAAAAAAGUUCAAAAUUUUAAGUAAAGCUUAAGUUUAAGUUUUAAAAGCUUAAGUUCGAUUAUCGAACAUCGAAUCAUUGAUACUAAAACUCUAAAAUGUGGUGUCGUGGGACACCAGGUAGGAACGAAGCUCCUUCGGCUAAUGUAGAAUCAACACAAUUUGCAAAAAAAAAAGGUAGGAGAAAGAGAAAGGUAUUAUACACUACUCGCUUGUGUAUGCGACUGUCGCGCCUGCGCACGUCUCAUUUAACGGUUUUAUUCCACGGACUUUUUUUUACGGUUUUUACUAUCGCAUUUUUUUCAGUUCGGUCGCGCAGCAAAAUCCCUAUCUCCUCCAAGCCUGCCGUAAGGAACUUCGUUCCAAUACCAAAUAAAAUGGUCCUUUAAUUACAAAGUAUAAAUGUAGCGUAUGAAAUGAUAUCUCGCUGAAGUCAAAUAGCUUUUCAGCCCUCUAUAUUAUAUAUAAAUAUAUUAUAAUCAUCAUAAAUACUAAAUCCUCUAUGGAUGUAUCAUCUAAUUAGCUAAUGCUUAGAUAUCGAUCAUUAUUAAUCGCGAAUUGUUUAAAAUUAUGUAGUUUAAUUCUUGGCGCGUUCGGCUUUCGUCAUUUUCGGCGAACAAAUCAUUCGAAGCGCCAAAAUCAUUAGUUCAAAUAUAUAUAUAAAUAUUAGCUAAAUUCAUCGAUUUCUAAAAAAGAGGAUCUUUUUAAUAAAUUUCCUAAAUAUAUAUGUAUAUGUAUAUGCAAUUAUAUAUAUAUGUAUAUUUUAAUUAGAUUUAAAAAAAAAAACUAUCAAUGUGUUCAAUCGCUAUGUGUUCACUUAAUGUAUGUAGCUAUUAAUGUUAAUACGUAAUUAUAAUUUGCAUGUUAGUGAAAUACGCGUGGUUUAAUUAGUUCUCAUUAGCGUGUAAGUGUUUUACGAUCGUGAUUCUCUCGCGUCUAUAAUUUACGGACCUCGGUAUUUAGAGCGAGACGACAGCUUAGGUUCGGCGAUUUGUAGAGCGCUGUCUCUGUCGUUCGUACGAGUGACGAUUCAGCGUCGAUGGUCGCGAAGUCGUACGAUGUUCGCUACGUAACCUCUGUUGCUCUCUGACCCGUGCGUUAGAAGAGGAUAGACAAUUCGCGGCCGCCAAUACAGACCGUGUGCGCCCGAGCUAAUAACGCCCGAUCGUUUUUUUUGGACCCGACGUGCGUAAGAUAUAGGAGCGAGCUGUAGUGUCCCCCCCAACCCCCCCACCCCCGUAAGAGACACCGUUAGUCAAUUACGUUUUAACUCACUGCAUCCGCCAUGUCCGUUGCGUUAUGAAAUAUUCGUGAAUCGUAUAAAUUUUAACUGAAUGCAGUAUAAAUAUUGUAUGUUAAAUGGCGAAGUCGCAUGAAUUGUUUUUAAUCUACAUAUCGGAAGCGAAGCAGAUGGCACGUGUUGUUGGAUAUAUCACACUGUUAAAAUAUCGCCUUGUUAGAAAAUAUCGUUUAUUAAUAUAAUAAUGUAACAAAAAAAAAAAAAAACAUAGGCUAUCCACAUUUUAUCCGUUUUAAUGUAUUUAGCGAUUAUAUAUUUUUUUUUUGGUUCACAUUAAUCUGCUUAACUAUCGAUGUGUAUUUUAAAUGUAUCUGUUAAUGAUAAAAAAAAUAACCUCAAUGUUUAAACAAAUAGUUUGUAUGUGUAGACUAAGUCUUGUCCAAGACAUCUCUUUGGAAGCUCUUGUAAAUUCUAGAAAGAUCUCUUCCCACGCUAAAAAAUAAUAGUCAGCAUUCUCGCCAUGUCUACAAGGCAUGUUAUAAUUAUGAAAUAAUAAAAAUAAUUAAUAAUAAACCUCAUAUUAUUAUAAUGAUAACCUUGAACACGUAUACAAAAGCAAUGGUUGAAAAAUAAUAAAAAAAUAUGAUGCAUAAUAAUGUUAACUUUAAAAAUAAUAAGUUACUUAUUAGAUUUUUUCACCUUUGUACUUAGGAUAAUGGAUUAUAGUUUUAGCGCUCCCCCCUCUUAAUAAUAAUAAAAAUUAUUAUUAUUAUUAUAAAAAAUGUUUGGUCGAAGUAAUGUUAAGUGUGUGUCCGUAACUUCAAACAAAAAUUUUCUCGAAAAAGAAAAAAAAAAUCUUAGCAUAAAUUGUCUAUGGAACUGAUUAUAAACAAAAAAAAAUAUAAAUAUAUGUGUGUAUGUUGAGAUUACAUGAAUUUAAAUCAUAUGAUGUAAUAAAAUAUUAUAUAAAGAAAAUCGUUGUUUGAAGUUUCUAUUGUAGCGAAUGUUUUAAAAAAAAAAAUUAAUAAUAAUAAGAAAACCCGUAAUGUUUGAUAACAUUAUUAUAGUGAUAAAUGUUUUUCGGUAACGUGUGUGCUUGCAACGUGUAAUAAUUAUGAUGAUUUUCGCUCGUGCACGAUGUAAGUUUGAAAAAAAAAAAUGCAGUUCGCUCUUUUUAUUAUGAAUUUAAAAAAAAAACAACUAGAAACUUCGAUGGAUUAUAUCUUUGGUUCUCCGGUUUGACUAAUGUCGAAUUUCCGGAUAAUUCUUUUGUUGGUGCGAGCGAAAAUCACAGCGCAUUUCGUGUGGAUGUCUUCUGUUGAUGUGUAUAAUAGUGUCUUGCGUCUUGACUCUCAAUUCGUAAGUCGUAUAAGUGAUCCGCCCGUGAGCAAAUCUGUUGUCGGGAUCACGACGAGUCUGCCUAAAUAUACGGGAUUAUAGACGAGUAUUUUAAGACUUUUCCCUGCGAGCAAGCGAGCGAACUAACGUAACAGACAUUCGUCUCUACAACGAUGCCUCCAAUGAACACUACGCUAACUCCAAAUUCGUAGAUUUACAGGAGGAGCGUUUAAACGAAAAAAGUUUAUAAAAUCUUUAUUAUUGCAGAUAUAUUUAUGGUUUUUUUGUGUAACUAGCUGAUUUACUCUUGCUUCGAACCCCAUCAAUAAUGAUUAAUUGUAAUACUUUUAACAUAGUGAAGCGAUUUGCGUGGAAAAGUAAAAUUUCAAAAUUUUGAGUUAGUGUUCAUUGGAGGCAUCGACAAUGGAUCGCCCGUUUCAGAAUACGUAACUGCCGACUGUUGUUCCCUAAAUAUAUAUAUAUAAAAAAAAAUUCCAGUAAAUAAGUUGAAUAAUUUAAAUUAAUUAUAUAUUUUUUACCUUUUUUGUUUUGUUCAGUGCCAUUUUUUUAUAAUUUUUUUUUUUAAGAUAAAAAAUAAAAACAAAGUAUUACGUUAUUUUAAAAAUAAUGUGUUGCAUGUAAUGCGUGACGGUAUGUGUAUUGUUUUUUUUUCUUCUUCGUAAUAUUGAAAAAAAAAAUAUACAAGUUUUUGUUUUGUCGAUGGCUGACAACGAAUCUCAUGUUAAUUGUAAAAUCAGUCUUACGUAAAACUGAACGGAUUUGCCAAGCAACUUUCCUACGUAAUCACCGCCAUACCCAUUCUAAGAAUGUAAAUGUGAAGUCACCGGAUAACCGCGUAUUCUCUUCACUCAUCACACUAGGUAAUUUUUUUUUUUUUUUUUUAAAUGAAAUUUUAAAGGUAUUUUUUUAACCGGUAUAUACCUCCUCGAUUUGUGUUUUAUAGACUCACAGUCUUGUUAUAAACAGUCACAAAAUAUGGCUUAGAAGUUUUUAGUCAAUAACCGGAUAACGGCCAUAGGCCGGCGCUCCCCUGGACGUCUCGGCUGUAAGCUCUUCGAACGCGUAACGUUUGCGUGCGUGUGUAGUUUUAUUUAAAAAAAAUCGCAUUUAUUUGUUUUUUCUUUUUUCUUUUUUACAUGAAUUUUUGUCGCUAAUGUUAAACCUUUUUUCGGACACGUCAAAACUGAUUCGAUUUAUGAAUUCACUGCUUUAUGAAGGUAGUUGCACAACGUCUAUAUACGUCGAAGCGUUUUUGACGAGUUCGACUGUCAAAAGGAUGUUAUAAAAUAAUGUUUUGGAUGCGAUUUCUGCUCGACAGAGCCAAAAUCCGAUGUUGCCUAUUGCAACUUUCGAAAGUGGAUAACAAAUGAUUCUGAACACGAAACCGAUUGGUUCGCAAUUACAAGAACUAGAAUUAAAAUGUCUGCUGAAUCAGUAAGCCUAAGUUUUCUUACCAAUUUGCAGGAACAUCCGAUUGUUUGGCUCUGUUGCCGGAAUUUAUUUUACGUAUUUUACAGUGAGAGCUGCUAGUUGCUAGCAGUAAAAAUUGUCGUUUUUGUGAUAAAUAAUAAAUAAAAGCAAUUAAAUUGACGUAAUUUUUCUACGAACUUGAUUGACUGUAAUCCAUUUAUGAUUUAUUGAAAACUAAAAAAAAAAAUGUUUUUUUUUUUUUUUUCAAACAUUAAUUAUUCGAUCGUUGAACAAAAACUCGGCCGUACAUUUGGAUCAGUUCGAAAGACGCAACACUUUGAAUUCGUAUUGAUUAAAUAAUAAUAUCUUUAAACGGCGAACCAUGAGAUUUUGGCUAAACGGCACGAAGAGAGCGGUUCUCUCGUGCUAUUUUUGUAAAAUUAAAUAGGAGCUUGUGUUGUGUUAGGUUUUUUAGUAAUAAAAACGUAUCGCGCCGUGUGCUCUCGCCCGAUGUAUUAAGUAUAAGAGCGAAACGAUUAGGGUGAAGGCGCACGGAGCGUCUAUCAAAUAUCAUGUGUAAUUGAGAUAGUAUGUAGUAUUUUUGUAAAUGAUGCACUGCGAUGGGAUCCCCUUCGCAGUGCAUCUAUUAGUGUUCAAUUUUAAGACCGCGUCUACCUCAUUCGAAGCACUCAAAGCUGAUCGGUGUGCAUUGGUGGUAUGAUCACCGGUAAGCUAGUCUGUUGUCGUUCAUUCUCUCCCCCCGCCCCCUCUCCUUAUCCACUCGCUUUUUCGCGCCUUUUUUACGUUUUGCACGUUUGACGUAUUUCAAUGCACAUAUGAUAAUCUAUGGUAAUCGUUCGAUGUGUUAUUUUUAAUGAGCCGUAUAUUCGUUCCCGAACUAGUUGUGAAGGAUAGUUAAUGUCGCAGCACUGAUGUUCGUGAACUCCGUGCUGUAGUUCUGAGACGAAUCUAAAUCAAGAAAAAUGGUUCAUCAUCAUCAUUAUUAUUAUAUAAUAUAUAUAUAUAUAUAUUCUUUUUUUUUUGUUUUGUUGGAAAUGUUUACAUGUAAUUGAUGAGUUUUCGAAAAAAAUAGAAUGUUACGCAUCGUGUAUUAUUGUAUUGCUAUGUAUUAUUUUGUGUAUGUCUGACAGUUGAAGAUUCCGAAACUAUUAAAAUCCGCAUUCCGGAUUACGGUCGGCGGUCUGAGCCGGGGUGGGACAGGAAACUAUAGGUAAUUGCGAAUGCGUUGCUGACUUUAGGCUCUAAUUAUUAAAUGCUUAGCAACGACAAUGCGGUUUUUUGUGGUUCUUGUAUGAGUUUGGAUGCUUCGUCACCUUUGGCUUAGCCCGUCGAUCGUGACGUCACCGGUCAACGUGGCCCGUAUUAUCGGAAACUGGACAGAAAGCCCGAAAUGUUCUAGACUGAGUGUGUUAUGUGUAAAAAGGACAGCCAGACAACAGUCUCUUUCUUUUACAUCAAUAACCUUAUGUUAAAUCUUCUGUAAUAAUGUUGAAUGAAGACUGAAAUUUUAUAAAAUGUUCCUAUAUUUUAAUUUAGUAUAAUUUACUGCCUACCGUGUUUCGUUUACAUUUUAAUUAUUAUUAUUAUAUUUUUUUACCCCUUCGGUAAUUAAUUAAUAUGUUUUUUUAGUUUUUAUUCUAAUCUUAUCGAUUUGUGUAUGACGCUAUAUAAUGUCAAAUUUUUGAAAUUUUUAAUGGAAUUUUGUAUGAAAAUUAAUCAAGUGAUUGAUAGAAA